ACUUUAGAGACAGGAAGGGCAAAGGGGCAUGUGGUCUACACAGGUAGAGUCCUAUCUGUCCAUGUUGCCUUUUGCAAAGUUUUCAUUGUUUUUGGGCAGCCUUAUAUGAGGUGUUAUUAUGUGUUGUUAGCGAUGAGCCUUGGUCAAUUUAGCUCGUAAUAUGCCACCCUCUUCAUUCUGUCACCUAAUCCUACCUAAUGGGCAGGUCAGCCCUGGAGGAAAGUAUUGGCUGGAAGAAGUAAGAGAAAACAUAACAUCUGGUUGUUUUUAAAUGACUUCUUAUGACAUUGUUUGCCAGAAUAAACGAAGUAAAGGAGAUUCCAAUCUGCGUUACCCACUCCAGUCAGCAGAGGGCGAAGUGAGUUUUUCAGGUGAUGCUUCUUGCGUGACGUAUAAUCUAGUGGACAGGACAUGAGGCUUCUUCAACAGCGACAAAAGGCUACUGAUUUAACCAACGCAGUGGUUUGCUAGCAAACAUAAAAGAGAAUCAUUGAAGCGUUUGAGACCAAUCUUGUGUAUAUUACUCUUCGUGUUUUGAACAUACUGUACCCAGGGUCGUUACAAUACUUCUGUUUACCUAUCUACUAGCUCAUUUCAACGUAAUUUGCUUGUGAAAUUAGCGAAUGUGUUAACUUGAUACAGCACUAGGCUAAUCGCCCGAAACAUGAGCUCACUAAUCUCGACGGAGAAAGAAGUUCUGGUGAAAGGAGAGGAAGAAGCUUUCAGAAUCAAAAAGGAGGAAAAUUCCGUAACAUUGAAAGAAGAGGAAGAACCUUUUGGAGUAAAAGAGGAAGAGGAGGCUAUCUCAAUAAAAGAGGAGAAGGAGGAAGACGUUUUGGGAGUGAAAAGGGAGGAAGAGGAGACUGAAGUACCGAUUACCACCAGAGAGAGACAUGACUAUUGUGGAUCCUCUGGGGAACCUCAACAACAUCCUGAUGCUGACGAGUCAGAGAAGAGUCUCUCCAGAACAGAACACCAGAUGGACAACGCUAGCCCUUCCUCCCUCCCGGAGUCCCCGUGUCGUGCCUCUCCCGGUAGCGCCUUACUGCUGGGUAUGAAGAGGUUGUCUGUGCUGCUGGUGGACUGCAGGAAAACAACGGGGCUGAGUGGAACUGUGAGAGGAGGAGAAGAGAAAGGACCAGAUUUGACUCAUCAAAGAGGAAAACCAAACUUGGAGGAACCAAUGACGUCUAAACCAUCAAUACAACACCUCUGCUCCCAGAUUGAAAAGAGUUUCAUCAGGUUAGGAAAGCUUAAAGCUCAUGAGCGAACACACACAGGGGAGAAGCCUUUCCAUUGCUCCCAGUGUGGAAAGAGUUUUAAGCGGUUAGACACCCUCAAAGCUCAUGUGCGAAUACACACAGGGGAGAAGCCAUACCAUUGCGCCCUGUGUGGAAAGAGUUUUAGCCAGGUAGGAAACCUGAAAGCUCAUGAGCGAAUACACACAGGAGAGAAACCUUUCCAUUGCCCCCAGUGUGGAAAGUGUUUUAGCCAGGUAGGAAACCUGAAAGCUCAUGAGCUUACACACACAGGGGAGAAGCCUUUCCAUUGCUCCCAGUGUGGAAAGAGUUUUAAGAGAUUAGACACACUUAAAGCUCAUGAGCAAAUACACACAGGGGAGAAGCCAUACCAUUGCGCCCUGUGUGGAAAGAGUUUUAGCCAGUCAGGAAGCCUGAAAGUUCAUGAGCGAAUACAUACAGGGGAGAACCCAUACCAUUGCGUCCUGUGUGGAAACAGUUUUAGCCGAUCAGGAAGCCUGAAGGAACACAUGAGACUGCACACAGGGGAGAAGCCUUACAAGUGCUCAGACUGUGGGAAGUCAUAUUGCUCAUCACAGUCACUUAAACAUCAUGUGGGAAUCCACACAGGAGAGAAUAAUGACUUCUCCUAGUGUGUAAACUUGCAUUUCACAUCACAUUGACUCAAAAUUCAUCAGAGAACAUACACAGUGCUCCCAUUGUCUUAUAUUGUUGACUGAUAAUGUGUUUACUUGUUUAUACCAUAUGAAAUGAAAUGGUACAAAGUAUACUCAAACAUAUAUUUGUAUGUUUUUAUUAGAAAACAUGAUUUGAAUAUGGAGUCUGUCAGUUUGCAUAUAGAGUAGAUCAGUUUCCAUGUGUUUAAAUUGUCCUUUUUUAAUCUCUGGCUGUGUGUGUUUAUCUGGGUGUGUCAUUCCUCCAGCACUACAGAUAAUACAGUGAUAUUUGCAUGUGAUGCAUUUGCUCCAUUGUUGACAUUUGCAUUGUUGGCCCACUGAUGAUUUAAUGAAAUUAUGAAAAUGUUCACAGACUGUGAUGGAAAAUGUUAAUUGUAUGUGUCCACAUAUCUGCGUAUGUGACUAACCUUGUGAAACUGACCUAUUAUAAUCUCCUGUUCCUGGGAGUAUCAUCCUGUGUUGCAAACCAGCUGCACCUGUGUCCUUGUAUGAAUAAAGUCCCGCCCAGGAACAGGAAACUAUAAAGAUAUGUGCUCAUCACCUAAUGCUUCAGGAGUUCAGACUGUCUACACUGCGCUGUGUAACUCUGUUAUUCUCUCUGGGCUCAGAAAUAAAGAAUCUUGGUUUGA